UUAUACUCGGCUGUUAAUGGUCAAACUUUACAAGGCAAUGGAUGCAAAAUAGUUGGUGGAAUAACAUUCUUUUUUGUCGCAUGUAAUGUGACCUUAGUUGGUUCAUUGUCUUUGACCACUUACCUUCGAAUAUGUAGAAAAUUUAUUAUUAACUUUGGAAGAUAUGAUUAUAAAUUAUUUUUGGUCAUUUUCUUCAUAUCUUUAUCAUUAACCUUGGUUGGUAUUCGUGAUUAUGGUCCAAACAAAUUUUGUGCUCCAGCUGAUCCAGUAACGCCUCUAAUAACUGUUGCUUUAAUUUUUUUAAUAUUAUUCGUUACUUCAUAUUGUUAUGUUAUGACCUUAUUGGAAGUUAAUAUCCAACAAAAUAACAUUCGAAGACUUGGUUCUGAUGUUGAUGCUGUUAAAUUUAGUCGCAUUGAUCUUAUUGUUGUGAGAAAAAUUAUUGGCUAUAUUCUAAUAUUCCUUAUAGAAUGGUUUCCUUCAAUAGUUUAUUUCAUAGCUCAAAUGGUUCAAUAUGAUAAUAUAUGGAUUUAUACCGCAGCUGCAGUUGCUAUAAAUUUUGGCGGUAUAGGAAAUAUGAUACUAUAUAUUGCGCAUGAAAGUUGGUCGAAUAAAUACGACUCAUCCGAACCCUCUAGCUCUAUUAGAAAUACUAGUGGAAGUGGUACUUACAUCUUUGAUGGCAAUAGAAUCAGCAAAAGCAAUCAAGAAUUAUACCCUCAAAUAACAGUUCAUAAUACCAUUACAAUUGAAAAAGAAAAAUUGGCUUCUAGUACAUCAACUUUGGGUUUAUCAAAUCAGAAACAUAAUUAA